AUGUUUUUCUCCCAGGCCGGGGCCCGGCCGCGGAGGUGGGAAGCCAGCCAGUCGGAACACAAGAAGUGGGUGGAAGUAUUUAAAGCAUGCGAUGAAGAAAACAAAGGCUAUCUAAGCAGAGAGGACUUUAAAGUUGCUGUUCUAAUGCUGUUUGGAUACAAGCCUUCCAAGAUAGAAGCUGAUGCUGUGAUGUCCUCAGUAGAUCCAAACACUUCCGGGAUAUUACUUAAGGAGUUUUUAGACAUUGUAAGGAAAAAGAAGGAAGCUCAACUCUAUCGGAAUGAAAUAAGACACAUCUUCACAGCUUUUGACAGGCACUAUCGUGGAUAUUUAACUCUGGAAGAUUUCAAAAAAGCAUUUAAGCAGGUGGCUCCCAAGUUAUCAGAAAGGAUUAUUCUCGAGGUAUUCAGGGAAGUAGAUCAAGACUCAGAUGGUCACGUCAGCUUUAAAGACUUCGAAUAUGCCAUGAACUAUGGACAAAAGUAA